AUGGAUUUUGAUGAACUGGUGGAUAGUAGGGCGGAGCUAGAAACUGCAAUUCGGGAGAUUCAGGGAAAGGUUACAGGUCUUUGGCGCAUCAACCACGAGCAAGAGCAGAAGAUCAAGGACUUGGAGAAGCAAAAUGAAGAUCAGAAUGUCAAAUAUGAAGCCACGAAACACAAGCUCAAACGAACCGAAGUCACUAUUCGAGCUCUCGAGUCAAAAGUAAAACUCCAAAAAGCCAAUAUUGAAGGCUUGAAAGAAAAGUCUCAACAGCAACAGGACGAGAUCACGGCGCUGAAGACCCAGGAAAAGAGCGAAAAGCUAAAAUAUACCGUUCAUAUCUCAGACCUGGAGAAGCAGAAUUCGAUCCAAGCGGCGAAGAUCGCCGAGGUACAGAAGGCGAAGACUUGCGACGUCACAGGCGUCAAAGCCAACUUUUCCUUCCUCCAGUCCAAGCUUACGCGGGCAGAGUCAGAGUACAAAGAUAAGAUGGAACAGCUGAGCGCCAAGCAUCUGAAGCAGAGACUGAAAAUGAGAGAUUACAUCAAGGAGUUGCAAAGCCAGAAGGAUGAUCAAGUAGCUGAGAUUGAAACUCUAAAGGAUUUUCUUAAGGACAAGGAGGUUCUCAUUUCUCAGCUACUACACGCCUCACAAACCAAAGACUCAUCGCGGGAAGCACAGUCACACCGACUAGCCCUGCUAGAAGUCCAGGUCGAGACUCUAGAAGCUGACAAGCAACGUCAAGAAGCUAGAAGUCAAGAGCUUGAAGCGAAGUACAGUGUCGAGGCAUUCCGACGCGAGAAGCUACAAAAGCAACUGAAGCUGAACCAAUACGAUGUUGACCAGGUACAUGAGAUUGCUCAGAGUCUGGAGUUCCAUUUCAAUAGCACUUAUGUCAGAUUCUCGGGGGACAACAAGCUGCAUACAAAAGCGGAAUUGGAAGAAGCGUAUAUGGAAUCGCAAAGACUGCAGGAUAAGCGGAGAGCUUUGGCCUUGGCGCGACGGAUGCGUAUGCAAGAGGUAGAAGAUCAAGAUGGAAAUGCGUACUCGGAGGAAGAGUGA